AAUGGGCUGACACCUUUGCAUUUAUGUGCUCAAGAAGACAGAGUGAAUGUAGCAGAAAUAUUAGUUAAAAAUGGUGCAGAAAUUGAUCCACAAACAAAGGCUGAAUAUUCACCUUUACAUGUGGCUUGUCAUUUUGGUCAAAUAAAUAUGGUUAGGUUUCUCUUACAACAUGGUGCAAAUGUGAAUUCCACAACUUCUUAUGGUUAUACACCUCUUCAUCAAGCUGCUCAGCAAGGCCAUAAUUUAAUUAUUAACUUGUUGCUGGAAAACCAAGCAUCUCCAAAUAUCGUCAGCACUCAAGGACAAACUCCAUUAUCUAUUGCACAGCGUUUGGGUUAUAUAUCUGUAGUGGAAACUUUAAAAGUUGUAACAGAAACAGUCGUUACUACGACAACGACGACGGUGAUUGAAGAGAAGUAUAAAGUAGUUGCUCCAGAAACAAUGCAAGAAACUUUCAUGAGUGAUUCGGAAGAUGAUGGCGGUAAGAUUGAAAUUAUUUUCUAA